CCAACUCUUCUGACUCACCAGGGAACGUCUCUCUCUCACUCAAUUCUCAGACAAACUCUCUUCACUAGCGUCUCUCUCAGUCUCACUCGAGUCUUCUCAGUCACGCUCGCAGGGUCUCGUCGUUCGUCUCGUCUCGUCGGCGGCAACAGAAGCAACUCGUGGACCGUGGACGUUUGGUGAAUCCCUGCAUCAUCUCUUCCCCUGUUUUGUCUUUUCCAGUAUUCGUACAUAGACAGUAUUGGUCAAGCUCCGAAUAUGUAUGAUGAAGGCUAAGCAGAAACAGGCAGACAGAAGCUUAAAAUGUGCUUUCAAUGACAACCUUGUGUCCUGCUUGAUUGGUUGCUUUACAGUAAAGUAAUCAAAAUGCUGUAUCUCCAAACUAAUGUCCUUCCUAGAUGCCCUUCUCCUUUUUGUAACACAAAAAUGGAUGCUUGUUUGCGUCCAUUAUCAUCAGUUAAUGUUCAGAAUUCUAGUUUAGAAUCUAGUCAUGCCAUUACUCGUUUGGGAUUCUUGUUUCAUUCCCCUGUAUCUACCCAUUGCACAUGGAAGCAAUUAUCUUGCUAUGCUUCAGGAGAAUCUCCUUCAAAUACUGAAUAUGAUUGUGAACCUAAACCUGGCUCUAACAAAAGUGCUAGGCCUAAGGCUAAACCUGGCUCUAACAAAAGUGCUAGGCCUAAGGCAAGAACACAGUCCUCAAAAGAUGUGGCAUCUGGCAAUGGUAAAAUAGGUUCUGCUGAUGCCUUCCCUUCAACAAUUCCAAGGAAGCCAAGGCGUGGUCGUAGAAGUGAAGCAAUGGCAGUGGAAGAUUACAUACGUGGUUCGCUUGAACGCACAUUUGAAACAAUUCGGCAGCAAAAAUCAGAUGUUUUGGAGGAUCCGGAAAACAUAAUGAAGGAUAGAGUCCGUGGCAAUUCUGAAUCCAAAAGUAGUGAUGAUGAUGACGAUGAUGGUGAAGAGGAGGUGAAGAAGGACAAUGAAGAAGAGGAAGAUGACGAAGAUGACGACGACAGGGUAAAGAAUAUGGUGAUUGAGGAAGAAAGUGAAAACUGGCCAGUGGAUGCAGAUGUUGGGUGGGGAAUCAGAGCUUCUGAGUAUUUUGAGCAGCAUCCAAUCAAGAAUGUUGUUGGAGAAGAUGGUUAUGAAAUCGACUGGGAAGGAGAGACUGAAGAUUACUGGGUUCAAGAGAUCAACUGUUUGGAGUGGGAGAAUUUCGCUUUCCAUCCCAGCCCAUUAAUUGUCCUUGUAUUUGAACGCUAUAACAGAGCAAGCGAUAACUGGAAACUUUUGAAGGAGCUGGAGGAAGCAAUCAAAGUAUAUUGGAACGCCAAAAAUCGGUUACCUCCUCGGGCUGUUAAGAUUGACAUUAACAUCGAGAGAGACAUGGCUUAUGCCCUAAAAGUUAAAGAAUGUCCUCAAAUUUUAUUUUUGCGGGGACACAGAGUAGUGUACAGGGAGAAAGAACUGAGAAGUGCUGAUGAGCUGGUUCAGAUGAUUGCAUUUUUCUAUUACAAUGCAAAGAAGCCUGCCUGGAUUGACGACAAGGCCUUGCCACGUUUUCGUUUUUAAUCAAAUCUCAGGAAUGCCAUGUAGUCCUUGUCAACUUGAAGGUUGUAUUGUCGUUGUUGUGAUACAACCAAAUCUGCAGCAAUAUUUUGUUUCACUGUGAUCUUGUAUUAAGGAGAAGUAAUUAACUAAGGUGAGUUUGUGUCUAUAUUUUCCAAUCGAUCAAAAUUAGAGCUGUUUUUUCAUAAGGUGUAAUCAAAUUUGGGUUAUGUUAUAUAAUUAUAUAGAUGUUUUCAUAAUAUUAAACAUACUAGUUUGCAUUGACUAUUUCACUUAAACCAGAGUGUUUCUCACUGCAUUGUUUUCUUUCUGUAUAGGGUUUACUGUUACUCUCACAAUACACUAGUACCCCUUUUUUCAUGCCAUAUGGAUAUAUUGGGAAAUUAUAUGAAAUAUUUAGGGUAAUUUACACUAAUAAACUGAAUGCGGUAUAAAAUUACGCAGAUGUCCUAAAUCAAUUUUCGUUACACGUCUUUCCUAAAAUAUCUCUAUGUAAAUCGAAUCAAUUGUAUUCGAUUUAGCUAUAAUAGUAGUAAAUCGAAUUAACUAGAUUCGUUUUACUGUAUAUAUGCUGCAGAAGUAGUAAAUCGAAUUAACUACAUAAAUCGAAUCUAGUUAAUUCAAUUUAUUAUCUAUUUUUACAG